AUGGCAGCACCUAUCAAAUCCAUUGCCGAUCACGCCCUCGAUACAAUGCCGGCAAAAGGGGAGGGCAAAAUCGCCGAGCACUCAUUGACGGUGUCCGAACAUGACAAGUCCGAGGAGCGCAAGAUUGUGAUGAAGACGGACGCGGUCAUCCUCACGUUCAUUGUCCUCCUCGCAUUCCUGAUGUUUCUGGACAAAAACUGCCUCGCGUACGCCAACAUACUGGGAAUGGUGAAAGACACUCACCUCAAGGGACAAGAGUACAGUUGGCUGGGGAGUGUAUUCUACUUUGGGUACCUCGGCGGGAUGCCCAUCUCUGCAUUCCUCAUCACCAAGCUGCCGGUUGGCAAACUGUUUGGGGUUUCAGCCGUCCUCUGGGGCGGUACAUUGAUGUGCAUGUCUGCCUGCCAUAACUUCGCAGGCUUGGCCACGGUCCGGUUCUUUCUUGGGUUGCUGGAGUCUCCAGCCUUCCCAUCUGCCAUGAUCCUUAUUGGUAACUGGUGGCGACGGUCCGAGCAGCCACUACGCACCGCUCUUUGGUACAACACAUUUGCCGGCAUCUUUGGAGGUUUGCUCGCCUUCGGCAUCAACAACAUCCACGGCCACCUGGCCAACUGGAGGUAUCUCUUCCUGAUAUACGGUUCAGCCACCAUCAUCGUCGGCACGCUAGCUUUCUUCUUCCUACCCGUGUCGCCAGCAACCGCCUGGUUUUUGACUCCUCGGCAGAAGGAAAUUGCCAUCGCCCGCCUCGCGGACACUCAACAGAGGCACAACAACGACCAUGCCACCAAAUUCCAGAUCGGCCAAUGCGUCGAGGCUCUGAUUGACCCCAAAUACUGGGUUCUUAUUGUUUUCGUCGUCGCUCAGGGCAUCACGGCCGCAGGCAUAACUAAUUUCAACCCCCUCAUCAUCAAGGGGUUUGGGUAUUCAACGCAACGCACAAACUUACUGGCUGCACCCCAGGCUGCAGUCGGCAUCGUUGGCCAAGUGGCCCUCUCCAUCCUUGCCUACUGGAUCCCAAACACGAGAUGUUUGUUUUGGAUUAUAGGGACACUGCCAGCUCUUGCAGGUGCCAUCAUCAUUCACUCUGUGGAUGUCAACACCCAACGCCCGGUGGCACUCGGUGGCGUGUACCUGAUGGGCUUUUAUAACGUUGGCUUCGUCAUGGCCAUGGCAAUCGUCACCGCCAAUACUCGUGGCAGCACCAAGCGACCUUUUGUCAACGCGUCCAUGGGCAUUUGGCUUGCGGUGGCUGAGAUCGUUGGUCCGCAGUUCUUCCGAGCGAGCCAGGCCCCCUACUACCAGCUUGGUAUCUGGGCCCUUGUCGUGUCCUAUGCCGUGAUGAUUGCCACUGGUGGUUUGUACUGGUUGCUGGCCGUCCUCGCGAACAGAUCUCGUGAUCAUGCAAUGCCUGGUCAUGACCUCGGCGAGGUCGACGUGGAUGAAGAUCUCACAGAUGUACAGAAUAAGGCUCAUAGAUAUUCUUACUAG